AUGGAGAAGAAUGGGCAGGCGGGGGAGCGGGGCCGCGUGAGGGCGCGCCGGCGGGGGCUGGGCGGCCGCGGGCCAGGCCCCCCGUGUGAACCUGUAAUCGGAGCCUGGGCGCCGGGCGGCCCCGGAAGCCGCCGCCCUGCGGCCGCGGCGUUGGCGGCCAGAUCCUGUCAGCGGGCGACAGGGUGGCGGGACUCUGAGCAUUUGCGUCUGGGGCCGCCCUCGCUGCUGAGAUUCACAUCUCUGACAACCACAGACACGCGCCCCCUGCAUCUCCCGCCUCGGGGGUGGCGUGGCGAGUACUGGGUACUACGUGUAGUUCCCAGUCCUUAA